AGAUGCCAAGCGUGACAGUGAAAGAUGUCAACCAGCAGGAGUUUGUCAAGGCUCUGUCAGCGUUUCUCAAGAAGUCUGGCAAACUGAAGGUCCCAGAGUGGGUUGACACUGUGAAGCUGGCCAGGCACAAGGAGCUGGCUCCCUGUGAUGACAACUGGUUUUACACCAGAGCAGCAUCCACCGCCCGCCACCUGUACCUGCGGGGGGGUGUGGGUGUGGGCUCCAUGAUCAAGAUCUACGGCGGACGUCAGCGGAAUGGUGUAUGUCCUGCCCACUUCAGCGUGGGCUCCAGAAAUGUGGCAAGAAAGGUCCUCCAAGCUCUAGAAGGUCUCAAGAUGGUGGAGAAGGACCCCAAUGGUGGUCGGAGACUUACCCCUCAGGGUCAGAGAGACCUGGAUAGGAUUGCUGGUCAGGUUGCUUCAGCAAACAAGAAGCAGCGAAGUUUGCAAGGCGCCAUUUAA